GAAAAUGCCAGAAACCCCAAAAUUUCCUGCACGAGACGCCUCUUUUUUUUCUCGCUCUUCCCCACUCUGCACAGCACACUAACCGCCUCCCUCCUCGCGUCACCAUUUCCCUCUCCUCUCGAUCCUUCCUUCCCUGCCUUUCUAAUUUCUCACACUUCCUUUUUCUUCGUCAUCCAAUCCCCCAUAUCUCUGGUUUCCCUUCCAUUCCACUUCUUCUAUCCUCCCCUUUUUCCAUACGUGCGGAAUCCCAGUCCCCCUGUCUGCCGUGAGAAAAGAAAAGAACAGAAAAGGCAGAAUGAAACCCCGUCGGUGCAAAAAGAAAACAGAGGUCGAAACUGUCACUCAACAACGACCACAAGAUCCGUUUGCUUCUGAACUCACAAUUCUCCGCUUCACUUGACCAUCCGUCUCUUUCCAAUUUUCUUUCCUUAUAAUUUCAGAGAUUUUUGUGGAUCUCCCUCAGUCAGUUAAGAUUGGUUUAUUCGUUCCAUCUCCUUCGCCAUGGACCUGAGCUUGGUCAAGAAAACGGGCCUCCUCAACUACACUCGCAAAAACAAGAACUGGGUUCUUCUCCUGGCGGCACUGGGUUUCUCUUCCUACGGCGCGUACAAAGUCUACAACUCGCCCUCCAUCUCCAUGAGGCGCAGAAGAUUGCUCAGGCUUCUCGGAGCUUUCCUCUCCAUGGGCGAUGCAAUCUCCAAUUCCGCAGAGACAAUCAGCGUCGUCUCCAACGAAUUCAAGGACUUCAUCAAAUCGGAGUCCGACCGAGUCCCCAACAGCAUGAAUCAGAUGUCGAAACUCUCCAGGUCAAACGAAUUCUCCGAAUCGGUCGUCAUUUUCACGAAAGCCCUAACCGUCGGGAUCUUGACCGGAUACCAACCCACUUCCAAUUCAGGUCCGGGAUUCAUGGACAGCGUAAUCGACAAGCUCGCAACUCCAUCUGGGUCGGGCUUCGUUUCGGCAAUCGUCGGCAGCUUCGCUCGAAAUCUGGUCGCGGCCUAUUACGAGUGCUCUUCAGAACAGGGCAGCGGCGGCUCUGCUUCAGAAUUGAUGGAAUUGCUGUGCAGUCCGAAAUGUAAAGACCUAAUCGCCGACUGCACUCAGCUGUUCGUCAGCACCGCCGUCGCGGUUUACCUCGACAAGACGCUCCACAUCAACUCUUACGAUCAAUUGUUUGCCGGGUUGACAAAUCCGAAGCACGAGGACCAUGUCAAGGAUCUGAUGGUUUCGGUCAGCAAUUCAGCAGUGGCCACUCUGGUGAAGUCGUCCCACGCCGCCUUGACGGCGGAACCCAAGUGGAAGUCGUCGCGGCGGAAAUCAUCGGCGGAGGGGGAAGGUGGAGACAAUUGGGUGGGGAAGAUGUCGUCGACGCUGGCGGUGCCGAGUAACAGGAAGCUCGUGGUGGAUGUGAGUGGGAAAGUGAUGUUCGAGGCGGUGAGGUCUCUGCUGGAGUUUGUGGUGGAGAGGCUGCGGGAAUGCGUCGGCGCUGUUCAUCAGGCAGUUGUGGAGAAUGGGUUUGAAGCUGCCAGAUACGUGACGGCGAAAUCGUAUGCUGUGACGGAUUUGUGCCUCUCUUUGUGCUUGAGUGUGCUGGACUCUGUGACUUGGAUUCUGGUACCGGUGUGAUGGCUGCGAAUUUGGCUUGUAUAAAGAUACGCUUGUUGUAUUCCUUCUCAUGUUGUUUCAUUCAGAUGCAAGAAAAGAACCUGUUAAUUUGGUUGAUCAGUGGACAAAAUCUGCUUAAGUUUGAUAUAAGGUCUUAUAGAAAUGUCAUAAAACAACUUGUAUAGUUGAUUCUUUUCUUGUAAAAUGAUAAGAUCGCCAGAAAAUACCGCUUUGUAAGGACACCUUUUUACUCUUUGAUUAAAAUGAUGUGAUGUUU